CAUGAAAAGUCUACUGGAGCAUUGUUUCUGUUCUUUAAUUGCUUUCAAAUGAUUGUAAGAAAAGUCGACCUGGAGUGAGUGGGUCGAUGAGGGGCGAACUAUCUCUGUCACCUAAACUCAAGAAUACUACUGCUAAUAUUGCAUUGUUAAAAAAAAAAAAAAUUGAAGCUGAAAAAAACAAACAGAAAAAAAAUAAAAUAAAAGAGACAAACAAAAAAUCUGAACAAAAAUCAUUUUCAUUUUAACUUGCAAUUUUUUAAAUUCUAAAACACUAUAAAGCUGGAAUGACGAGAUACCGCGCUUCUUGUGGGCGUGGUUUGAAUUUGUGAAAGUUCGAUGUCGCCACGCGCUGGAGGCGGUGCUUGUGAAUCAGUGUAUUAGCGAGUCGCGAGCCAAUGGCGGGUCGCGUGGCCGGGUGACUCUCGUUAUCAAGGUGAUAACUUGAUAGUGUGCUGCCUCAGGUAAAUCGUAUAAAAGCCCUUGAUCUCGCUGCCCGGCCAUUUAAAUAACAACUUGACAUCACCGUGAACACUUCGUUGGUUUAAAAUUUGAAGACGGGCUAUUGACGAAACUCUUUAAAGUGAUCCUCUGGAUCGACAAAAGAACCACUUCGUCCGAGCUCUCCACCUGAAGAAUCUGCUAGAUCCGCCCUUGAUCGUCGACAGUGAUGGAUUUCCAGAGUUUACUUUCUAACAACGAAUAUGUAGACUACUCACUGUGGAGUGAAUAUUCCUCCGGGUGCACGUCCGGCAAUGUACCGUCCUCGCCCAGUUCCACAACAUCCGUGUCGUCAUCGUCGUUGCUAGGAGACGACAACAGUAUGUACGACCUGUCCGCACUGGUCGGAUCACACCUGACGUCACUCGGAGACGGUGGAGUUCAUCAUUCUUCGUUGUGUUCGUCCUCCGCCGACGUCACGUCAUCGGAAUCAAAUGAUUCCGUUAAUAACGUUUUCUCUCAUUGGAUGGACUUGCAGCAGACGGACCAAUAUCAAAACGAGACACUCCAGACUGUGAUGUUGAAUCCUUAUCAAGAUGGCGGGGACGAAAACACAGCAGAGUGGUGUUCUGCAAACAAACUGACAUCUCGUUUUGACUUUUCACAGCCGCUGCCAACUGGCUGCGCCUCCCAGUGCUCGAAACCCAAACGUAAACGGGUGCAGUCUAAGACGCAAAGAAAAGAGGCCAAUGUUCGUGAGAGGAAGAGGAUGGUGUAUCUUAACGACGCUUUUGAAAAUCUGAGAAAAAUACUCCCAGCCUUCAGUUACGAGAAAAAUCUCUCAAGAAUCGAAACGCUGAAGCUGGCCAUCAAGUACAUUGGGUUCAUGAAAGACGUCACCACCAGUGACAACAAAUAACGGAUUGCACGUGCCGCGCAUGAGAUGUGUUUGUUCGUUUUCAUCCCUGAAUAAUUCCCACCUAAGUUUGUGGCGAAGAAAAAAAAGAAUGAAAGAGAAAGAGAGACAGAGACAGAAAGAGAGAGACUUGUGUGGCCGCGUUUUACCAUUUACAUGGAUCAGCCAAUCGAAUGCGCUCUAGCAAGUGACGUUCAUACGAGACAACCUGUUGGUGCUUUAACAGUUUAGUGAAGGCAAACCAUAAGUGCUUUUUAGUAUACUAGUACUUAUAUUGUGUACUUGAUGAAUGAACAGUGUUUUCAUUUGUUUUCAUUCAGUAUUACCAAUGACUAUCAUCAAAUAUUACGCACGUACUAUUUUCAGUGGUGUUGUCUGAGUAAUACUGAAUAUUGUACAUGCAUUGUGUAGUACUACUAGUUGAUAUAAUGCAAUAUUACACCAGUACUAUUAACUAAUAUGCAACAUUAUACAUGUACUGUUCCGUCCAGAAUAUUUUUAGUGAGAAAACCAUCGCUAAUUAGAGGUGUAUAUUUGCUGUUUGUGGACCACUAUUCCCAUUGAUGUCAUAGUCAUAUUAUUUUUAUUAUAUGAACGUUUUUUUUUCAAUCUAUGGCUUCUUGCUUCGACAAGUGUGAUAAUAUAUUUAUGGUGUUCAUACAAACACUGUAGGCAAAUAUGUCAAUAAAGAAAA